AAACACUGAGCUCAUAUGCACGGUUAACAUGGCUGAGGAGAGAUGAUCAUUUUUUACUUUUAAAAGAAGCUACCAAAACAAACAUUAACUAUAUACUGUACCUUUUCAAGGAAUUUCUGACAGUUUAGGAAUUUAAGUUUUCUAGGGUUAGCAAAUAAACGCCAAGUCAGCGGCAGAAUGAGUAAUAUUUACAUUCAAGAACCACCAACAAAUGGAAAGGUCCUGUUGAAGACGACAGCAGGUGACAUUGACAUCGAGCUGUGGUCCAAGGAGGCUCCUAAAGCAUGCAGGAACUUUGUGCAACUGUGCAUGGAAGGUUACUACGAUGGCACAAUUUUCCACAGAGUGGUGCCGGAGUUCAUUAUCCAAGGCGGGGAUCCAACUGGAACAGGGGAAGGUGGAGAGUCCAUCUACGGCCGACCCUUUAAGGAUGAGUUUCACUCCAGGUUGCGCUUCAACCGUAGAGGCCUGGUUGCCAUGGCGAACGCCGGGCCUCACGACAACGGCAGCCAGUUCUUCUUCACCUUGGGACGCGCCGACGAGCUCAACAACAAACACACCAUAUUUGGAAAGGUCGCUGGAGACACCAUUUAUAACAUCCUCAGAUUAGCAGAAGUGGAAUGUGACUGUAACGAGAGACCACUGAAUCCCCACAAGAUAAAGAACGCUGAGGUUCUCCAUUCUCCUUUCGAUGACAUCGUACCUCGUGAAACAAAGAAAUCUAAGAAGGACAAAGACAAAGAGGAGGGAAAGAAGUCACAGUCUAAAGCCACCAAGAACUUCAGCCUUUUGUCGUUUGGGGAGGAAGCGGAAGAAGAAGAGGAGAUGGUGAACCAAGUCAGCCAGACGUUAAAGGGAAAAAGCAAAAGCAGCCACGACCUCCUGAAAGAUGAUCCCAGACUGAGCUCUGUUCCAGCAGUCGAUAAGAAAACACCUGGAGACACGGCAGACUCAGACGACGAGAUCGAGGAGGACGAGGGAGCUGAUGGAGACUACGACUCGGAUCAGAAGGAGAGGAUGAGAGACGCCGUCAGCAAAAAGCUGAAGAAGGAAAAGGGUGACGAGAAAACGACGGAGCCCCGUGAAGAAGAGAGAGGGAAGAAGGCCAGCCGCAGUGAGGAAUUGCGAAAAGAGGCGCGACAGCUGAAGAAGGAACUGCUGGCCAUAAAGCAGAGGAAAGAAGAAAGUUUAAAACCUCCAGCACCAGAGGAAGUCAAAGAGGAAGAUAAGAAGCCGGCCAAUGAGGCCGUGGCCGAGUACCUGGAGGGAAGAAAGAAGUACGAAGAGCUCAAGAAACAAAAACACAAGAAAGGCUCCACCAGAGAAGAACAGACUCUGGCCCUGCUCAAUCGCUUCAAGUCCAAACUGUCGUCGGCCAUCACUGACGCUCCAGAGGAGGAGGAUGAUGUGGAGGAGCUGGCAGAGGAUGACGACAAAGGAUGGAUGGGCCACGUUCUGCAGUUUGAUGAGCAAAGCAGGAAAGUCAAGGAUGCCAACAUGCAGGACGAGGACACGUUCGAGAUCUACGACCCGAGGAACCCCGUCAACAAACGCAGGAGAGAGGAGAGCAAGAAGAUCAUGAAGGAGAAGAAGGCCAAGAGGUGAGGGUCACGGGGUCGGAGGUCGCGUCCUAACCACGCCAUGUGGCUGAAAGGCUGGUCGCACGGCAUCCGGGCUCCAUCCGCUCCCUUUGUCUCCGCUUUGUCCAACGGUCUCCUGGCUUGAACAUCUGGAUCGAGGACGCCGACCUGAGUGCGUUCACCCUCCUUGUAAUCUUGGACGGCUUUCUUCGCUCGGAACAGCUGCAGCCAGAGAAACGCUCAUCAGGAGGAAGACUGUGGUCGUAGUAUAAAGAUUAGACGAUUUUCGUGUACUGUUAACAUGUUUUUGGGACUUUUUACUUUCACUUUGUGUUGUUCCGCAGCUGGAAUGUAAACGUUAAAGUUUGCCAGAAAAAUAAACUUCAUUAAUAAAAGGUC